ACAAGUGCGGGGUAGUUUCCACGGUGUAGGCCUAUCGACGUAAUCUCCAUAUUCUCUUGAUUAUUUGUUUUAUUUGCCGCCUGCUAUUUAUCUAAUCAAAAUUCAUGUCUUGUACGUUCAUUAUUCAUUUUGCCAGUACAAAUGUUUGUUAAAUUGCGAAACAGUUCGAUAUUAGCCGCGUCGACGGAUCGCCGGACUGCUCGUACUAUCUUGCGGUCCCCCCUUUUGAGUGUUAAACGAUUUUGAUUAAUUUAAAAUUUAUUAUUAAUUGCGCGAAGCAGUAGAUGACAAUGCCUAGAAGCUACGGAAAUUGGACAUUCAGCCCGCUGAACCGGCAGCACAGCGCCGACACAGAAAGCCUAUACUCGAACCAAACAUUAGGUCUAACCGAACGUCGGAAAUUGCGCAAACGUCUAAAGAUGGCUGACGGCGAGAAAGAAGAAGCGACGAACCUCCAAAUCGAAUUCGAGUGGCUGCUGCGCGAGGAGGUCCACUCCAUACUCAAACAACUACGACAAAUUCUAGUGGAAUGCGCCCAUCGGUUUCCCGUGCCACUGUACGAAAAUGAGGGCAAGAAGCAGGAGAAGUUCGUUCUUACAGCGCCGCAGGACCAGCUUCGCUGUGCCAUGACAUUGACGGGUGAUAGCAUUACGCAAGCGGACAUUAGCUUCAAAUUACAAAAGGCUCCUAACCAAAUACAAAGGACCUCGAUAGUGCCCGAGUCGCCGUGGAAGCUGCAGCAGGUCCUCGAUGCUGCCAACCACCUGCAACAGGCCAUCCAUCACAUCGACAACGUCGAUGGUUCCUACAAUUUUAAAACGUCCGACGAGGUAAUGCACAUCGUAGGUAAUAUUUUAAACGCCCUGCAACGCGGCCGAACAAGCUUAGUGAUCCCCAAGAAGAAACCCAUUGACGAACUGAUGAAGGGAAGGAAUAUGAAAUCGUUGUCGCCGAAUCUGAGCGAGGACCUGGCCAUUAGUUUUUACUUUCAAAGUCACAAAUUGAUAUUUGCGGUUUACCAGCUGACAAAUAUCCAAGGAACGAUGAAGUUCGACUCGUGUCAAGCGGAAUUCUCAGUGCCGUGGUUGAAUGAAGUUCUCGUUCUGUUCACAGUUGCCUUGCAGUUGUGUCAGCAACUUAAAGAUAAGAUCUCAGUGUUCUCUCAAUAUAAGGAUUUUACAGUUGGAUCGCGGUCUGCCUCGGCACUUUCCUAUUAGAACAAUCUUUAGAAGCAAAUAUACAUGUGAACUAUACAUUCACUGAUAAUUAUUACUAUUGGUCAAGAGAAUUAUUUAACAAUAAAAAUAAUUUAGUGAUCUUAUCGCUUCCUUCACUCCGUCUUAUCCCUCCCCCUCUUACUUCCCAAACUCUUGUUCAUUUUAAUAGACUAUCGAAUAUUUUCAAAAACGCUAUUACCAAAUUGAAGUUAUGAUGCCUUCACUUUAAGUAAGUAAACGAUUAAGCAAGAAAUGAUAAAGCAAAUGUUGUUAUUUAUCAAAUAUGAUUAAGUGAAAAGAUAAAUGUAAUUUACGCUAGACAAACAUCAAUUUCAUCUAAAAGAUCAAAUCACCUGAAAGUAGUAUGUGUGUACUUUUAGUUACAAUUUAAGUCAAUAGUUAAUUAUGAUUGUCAAUUGGAAAUGAAGUUAAGUCCAGAACUGUAUUCUCUGUGAGUUCAUAUUUUUGUGAGGCAAUUGUACAUAUGAAGACCCUUUUUUAACUUCUAGAUAAUUUUACGCUUGAUUACAACAGGACAAUGUUGUGCGCUUUUGAAUUCCCCCCAACAGCCUGCCUGGCUUCAUGAUAUUCGAGCUUGUAUCUGUCAAUAGUAGGUCUGACAACGGUAUGAACACUUAAGAUCCUUUUACCAUUUGUGUAGUUACAUUCUCUUCUAUAUCCCUGUAAGUAUAAGUUGGCUCUAAGUUUACUUUAAUUACGUUCUAAUAAAACCUUAAUAGGCUCACUAAUCGCUUUGCGCAGUUUUAUGAAGUUUUAUUGCACAUACAAUGCGACAUACUUUACGGAAAAAAAAUAUGACGAAAUUCAUCCCAAAGCACACACUUAACUCCACAUUACCAAAAAGAAAAUGUUGAAAAGAACAAACCUGUUCACAUACGAGUAUAAUUGAAGGUUAAUUGCGUGGUUAAAAACCAUUUCACUAAAAUAACACAUAUAAAUGUUACUAAACUUUUUACCGAAGUGAAACUACGUUGGAUAACAUUUUUGCACUUAUGCAUUCAUUAUUGUGUAACGUUCCAAAAGUUGUAAGUUCGAAAUCGUUACUGUCUUAGGGUAAUAAAAAGAUACAAUUUUCAAGUGCUCCACAAUGGGCCUGUGCUGGAUGACGAUGGUCGCAUUCGAAAACGGUGGUAAUUGUUAAUGAAGAAAUGUAGUUUGCAUUGGCUGAAAACAUAGGAUGAUGACAAUAAAAUAUUAUAACAAUAACAAGUUAAAAUACACUGAGAGGGAGAACAAAAGGUAACACUUGUGGUGAUUAGGAUUUCCAACUAGUUAACCAGUAAAAACCAAAGCUUUUGACUAUUUGUGGAUUUGAACCAUUGCCAUUGGAUACGAUGGCGGUAGUAGUAUGUCGUUCUUGUUAAUUUCGAAUAUAUAACAUCUUUCGAAGAA